AUGAUGAGCUCUUUCAAAAGUCCUGAAAUACCAGAUGCUGAGGUCAGACUUAUAACGUGUAACCUUCUUGCUGGACAAUUCCAAUGGGGCUACACUAAAUCCGAAAAUGAUGGGUUCUUUGGUGUUUGCUGUGGAAACUAUUUACCAUUCGCACAGACAGUAAUGCAAUGUUUCGUGGAUUUAUUGCAAGGAGACAAAGUCGCAGCAAUAACGGAAUAUACAACAUACUGUAAUGCUUAUACUGGUACUAAUCUUAGUAUUGAAAAUUCUUUAGAGCAGUUCGCAAAUGGUAGUAACCAUUUGAUAUCAAAUCCAGGCGCUGGAGCAAACUAUGUGCCUAUUCUGCUUUCUUCAGACGUUUUGAAGCAGAAUUAUUAUUUUUUCUAUUACAUUUAUCAUAAUUUCAAACUAGCAUUUGACUGUUCCAUGAUGGUCAACAUCAGCAUCUGGAUAAUAAUAUGCCUACUUGCCAUUCAAAAAAGAUUAAAUUGCCGUUUAUUGAGAAAAGUACGAUCCAGAUUCACUUCAACGAUCUCAACAACACAUCACACAGAAACAAAAAUCUUCAGAUGGUAUUUGACAAUUUUACCCACCAUCGGAGAGACCUGGUUCUUGUUGAUUUUCCUUAUCAUCAAUGUCCUUGUCAGCACGAUUCAUUAUCCGCUAUACGAAUCCAAUACUGGAGAAGGGAAAAUGGUAUUUUUGGUGAAGUGCGUUGCCAAUAGAACUGGAGGACUUGCAUUCGGUCUCCUACCCUUAACGGUAUUACUUGCUGGAAGAAACAAUAUUAUCAGUUCAUUGACUGGUAUGCCGUAUUGUACCAUGAUAUUCUAUCACAAAUGGGCGGCGAGAUUAAUGACGAUAUUCGGAUUUACUCACGGUAUGUUAUGGUCUGGAUACUGUCUGUGGAAAGAGGCCGAGCUUUUGGCCAACUAUUUGAAAACAACUCCGCUAUUCAGAUGGGGGGUCAUAAUCACAGAUCUUUCAAUCAUUCUUGUACUUACAUCUACGUAUAUGUGGAAAUCGAGAAGAUACGAAUUGUUCUUGACGUUGCAUAUCGUAUUAGCCGCAGUGUUCUUUUAUGGUUGCUACAAACAUUGUGAGGAAUUGGGAUGGUUAGGCUGGAUCUACCUCUCGGUUGCUCUAUGGGUGAUGGAUAGAGCAAUCCGAUUAAUCAAACUUCUGAGGUUUGGAGGCAUGAAGCUAGCUUAUUGUACUGUAUUAGAUUCGGAACACGAAAUAUUCCAGGUAUCGAUACCAAAUAGUGGUGCCAUGCGGUUCUUCCCCGGAUGUUACGCAUUUUUGUACGUAUGGAACACGAGAUUAUUCUGGCAUGGUCAUCCAUUCUCUUUAAUGAAGAAUGGCACUGACAUUAUCAUCAUUAUCAAGGCGAAAGACGGUAUGACAAGAGAACUAUACAACAAAUUGCCCAAGGAUGGGACUAUUUAUCCAAUCCGGGCGGCCCUCGAAGGUCCUUACGGCCACGAGGCUCCUGUAGAAAAUUACGACCAUGCAUUAUUCGUUACAUCAGGAACGGCUUUGCCAGGACCCAUCUCGUACCUGCAAAGAAUGCACAAUAUGAAAGACUUCCACUUUGUGUGGAUCAUCAGUAACGAGAGGUUCUUGAACUACAUGAGGUAUGCUCUAGAAUCAUUGCUGCAGCAAAAGAAGGGGAAUUUCGAAAUAUACAUCACGAGACCAUUAUCAAUCGAUAUAUCUUGGGUCCCAUCAACUUUGAGCAUUCACCAUGGAAGGCCACUGUUGGAAGACAUCAUACACCAAGAUCUUUCCAAGUGGAAAAACUCUGUAGUUGUAUCCUGCGCAAUGCCGUUCGUCGAUGAUCAAGUAAGAAAUUACGUUGCUAAGGAAAUGCAGCAGGGAACUGUAGAUUUCUAUGAUGAGCUGCAAGUUUGGUAA